AUGGGCAAGCUCGACGUGCAGGUCAUGCGCCACAUGACCAAGGACGACUACCGCGUGCUCACGGCGGUGGAGAUGGGCAUGCGCAACCACCACGCGGUGCCCGUGCCGCUCAUCGUGUCCAUCGCGGGCCUGCGCCACGGCGGCGCGGCCAAGUUCCUCAACACGCUGCUGCGCUUCAAGCUCGUCUACCACGACUGCGCCAAGUACGACGGCUACCGGCUCACGUGGAUGGGCUACGACGUGCUCGCGCUGAACGUCUUCUGCCGGCGCGGCUCCGUGGACUCCGUGGGCCGGAAGAUCGGCGAGGGCAAGGAGUCGGACGUCUUCGAGGGCUACCGGCAUGCCGACGGCCGCCGCGUCGUCAUCAAGCUCCACCGCCUCGGGAAGACGUCGUUCAAGCGCGUCAAGGACACGCGCGACUACCUCGAGGGCCGGUCGUCGGCGGGCAACUGGCUCAACAUGAGCCGCCUCGCCGCGAAGCGCGAGUGGGACUUCCUGAACUGCCUCCACGACGACGGCGCCUUCCGCGUGCCCGAGCCCCUGGACCAGAACCGCCACGGCGUCGUCAUGUCCUUGGCGCCGGGGCUGCCGCUGUACCAGCUCGGCGCCGAGGGCUGCCUCGCGGACCCGGCGACGGUGCUCGACGACUGCGUGAACGUGAGCCGCCUGCUCGCGCGGCGCGGCCUCAUCCACUGCGACCUCAACGAGUUCAACCUGAUCGUCGACUCGCCGACGUCGACGGUGACGCUCAUCGACUUCCCGCAGAUGAUCUCGACGAAGCACCCGAACGCGCACUUCUACUUCGAGCGCGACCUCAAGGGGCUCGUCAAGUUCUUCACGAUGAAGCUCAAGUACGAG